GUGUGUUUUACGAAGUUGUUCAGAGCUUUCCUCAAGUGGAGGAAAAUGUGCAAGUGGAUUCACAUGUGAACAGCCACAGGUGGAGAAGGCAUUCAGAGUCUCUCAAAUCAGUUGACACCAACAGAGCCAGCAUGGGCCAAGAUUCUUCUGAGCCAGGGGGGUUCACAGACCUGCUGCUUGAAGAGGGACAGGACAACACCACCCAAAUAGAGGAGGACACAGAUCAUAAUUAUUAUACUUCAAGGACAUACGGCCCAUAUGAUUCUACCAGCCGAGAUUUGUGGGUCAAUAUAGACCAAAUGGAGAAAGACAAAGUAAAGAUUCAUGGGAUCCUUUCCAAUACCCAUCGGCAAGCAGCAAGAGUGAAUCUGUCAUUUGAUUUUCCGUUUUAUGGCCAUUUUCUACGUGAAAUUACUGUGGCAACUGGGGGUUUCAUAUAUACUGGAGAAGUUGUGCAUCGAAUGCUAACAGCUACACAAUAUAUUGCACCCUUAAUGGCAAAUUUUGACCCCAGUGUGUCAAGAAAUUCAACAGUCAGAUACUUUGAUAAUGGCACAGCACUAGUUGUCCAGUGGGACCAUGUACAUCUGCAGGAUAAUUACAACCUGGGCAGUUUCACUUUUCAGGCCACCCUUCUCAAUGAUGGGCGUAUCAUUUUCGGCUACAAAGAAAUUCCUGUUGCUGUGACACAGAUAAGUUCGACUAACCAUCCAGUGAAAGUGGGACUCUCAGAUGCAUUUGUGGUCGUGCACAGGAUCCAGCAAAUUCCCAAUGUCCGUAGAAGAACAAUUUAUGAGUACCACAGGGUUGAGCUACAGAUGUCAAAGAUUACCAAUCUCUCAGCUGUUGAAAUGAUACCUCUUCCAACUUGUCUCCAGUUUACCAGCUGUGGUCCCUGUGUCACUGCCCAGAUUGGUUUCAACUGCAGCUGGUGCAGUAAACUCCAAAGAUGCUCCAGUGGAUUUGACCGUCACCGGCAAGAUUGGGUAGACAGUGGCUGCCCUGAAGAGUCAAAAGAUAAGAUUUGUGAGAGGAAUGUAGACACAACCGAAACAUCUCCAUACUCCACCAGCACCCUGCAGCCAACCACCACAAAGUUCAGAGUUUUAACAACCACCAGAGGAUCCACCACUUCCCACCUGCCAACUAGCCUGCCCACGGAAGAUGACACCAAGAUAGCGCUGCACCUAAAAGACAAUGGAGCUUCCACAGACGACAGUGCGGCAGAGAAGAAAGGUGGAACUCUUCAUGCUGGCUUAAUUGUCGGCAUUCUAGUCCUGGUCCUCAUUGUGGCUGCAGCCAUCCUUGUGACCGUCUAUAUGUAUCAUCAUCCAACGUCAGCAGCUAGUCUCUUCUUUAUAGAGCGACGUCCAAGCAGAUGGCCAGCAAUGAAAUUCAGAAGAGGAUCUGGACAUCCCGCCUAUGCUGAAGUGGAACCAGUUGGAGAAAAAGAAGGAUUCAUCGUAUCAGAGCAGUGCUAAAAUUUCUAGGACAGAACACCAGUACUGGUCUACAGGUGUAAGACAUUUAUUUGCCUCUCUUUAAAGGACCCCUAAGCUGCUGUAGCCUGAUAGAAGAUUUUGGAUAAGCUUUGUACAAGAAGAAAAACUAAGAUACCAGAUUACCACUGGACAGUGGUCUUUUGUUAGUGGACUGCAGCACAACAGUUCAUGCAGAACACUUGUCAGUGGACACCUGCGGUAUGGCACAAGUGCCAUGUUAUUGGCUUUAGGUAUGGGGAUGCACAGUAAUCAAAAAUAUAAUAAAGCUUUGGUGC